UAGUGGAAUUGGAAAUUCCACCUCUUUUAAAUAAAAUAUGGAAGAGGAGAGGGAGCUCCUCUCAUUGCGUUUGCUUCGUUGGGUUUCAUGGAACGCAGUCCAAAUAUUCGAUAAAAUGUCACAAUGAGUAGGGAUUCUGCUAUAGGGUUUAAUGGACCUCGUCCAUUCUCUUCCUCCGUUGUUUUUGGCUUGCAAGCUCAUUUUCCUCCACGUUAGUGCAUUUGGUUCAAUGGACACGUUUCUUCAGUCUGCAAUGUUCAAAAGUAGGCUACUAUUGUCAAUGUUCGUUGUGAAGAAGACAAGAAAUAUAGUUAAAAAAAAUCUCAGUUUACUUGUCAAAAGUCUUAGCUCCUUGUGGACUUUUCUAGGUUAAAAAUAUGACCACAUCCCACAUAAGUUUCACUUCAAUGAAGAUUACAGAACCAGUAUGGAUUUUCGAAAGUUGUUCCUGCAUUCUUCUCUUCUAGUCCUCCAUUUCGCAUUUUCUUCUUCCAGAGACACCAUAACUAUAAACCAAACCAUUCAUGAUGGUGACUUUCUGAUCUCUAGAGAAAAUAAGUUUGCAUUAGGAUUCUUUAGCCCCAAAAGUUCCAGGUUUAGAUAUCUUGGAAUCUGGUACCAUAAAGUCCGAGAGCAAACUGUGGUGUGGGCAGCAAAUAGGGAUGAUCCAAUCAAUGGUUCCUCGGGAGUUCUAUCAAUUGACCAAUAUGGAAAUCUCGUUCUCCGUAGCUACCAUAGCCAGAAGGUUCCUGUAUGGUCUACAAAUGUCUCAGUUGAGGUUGCAGAUACUUGUGUUACAGCUCAGCUCUUGGAUACAGGAAAUUUGGUUUUGUUCCACGAUAGAAGUAAAAGUACUGUGUGGGAAAGCUUUGAUCAUCCUACGGAUACUAUACUGCCAGGAAUGAAACUUGGAUUGAACCAAAGGACAGGCAUGAACCGGUUCCCGAUAUGUUGGAGAUCAGCAGAUGACCCUGGAACUGGAAACUUUUCACUUCGGAUCAACCCAAAAGGAUCACCACAGGUCUUUAUCUACUGGGGCAUAAAAUAUAUUUGGCGAGGCAUUCCUUGACCCUUGAAAAGUUAUACAGAUAUAUCCAAUG